CCAUCCUGCAGGAGGUUUAAGCAGUAAAUUAGAGAGAUGUCUCGUUAAUUCGGUAGCGUAACUCGAUGAUAGGCCGUCUUCUGCAUGUAGUCCCCCGAGUAAAGAAAGACUAUAGGCCAACUUUCAAAUACCAAGAAUUACUAGAAUAUCUACCUAUUGCAUAGAUGUUUUUGUAUAGGAGAGGCAUGUACCUAAUUAAAAGUUGUUUCUUCUAUGGCAUCCAUUUUUUCGAGUCCCGCGAAUCAGGUUUUAGGUAAAUUUCUAGAUGCGUGGCACGCAAAACAAAAAGAAGUCAGCCUUUUCCCAGCCACCAACGGUAACGUAGCCGGCUUGGGAACGGCUGCAGAUCGCCGUACGCCCUACUUCGCACUGCUAGCUCAAUCAAGCUUUUGUUCGCAAAAAAGUAAAAUUACCUGUUGAUUAUUAUCCCUUUUUUUCGACUUGAGGCUCAAGCGCUCGCUGUCGCCGAUACGUGCAAGUGCCCCAAGCUUAGACCGCCUAUACACGCCGAGCUUCUAAUUGCACCGUUCUCCCUCGCUCACCGCGAUAUACAACUAGCAUAAUGGCCAUUCCCUUAACGCGAUUAGGAGGCGGAGCCUUCAACCACAGUCCGAGCAAUGACGCCGAAGCCGAAUAUGACCGGCUCCGAGACUUAGCGCGGGCGGAAGCCGCGAAACGGAACAGCUGUUUCGACCGGGCGCACCAGGCGUACGAGCGCGGCGACGGCGCCGAGGCCAAGGAGCUGAGUAACGAGGGCAAGCGGCACGCCGCUAAGAUGGACGAGUACAACCGCCAGGCCAGCGAGUACAUCUUCCGGGAGAACAACGCGACGGCCCGCGUCGCCGAUGACACCAUCGACCUGCACGGCCAGUUCGUCGAGGAGGCGGAGGAUAUCCUCGAGCGCCGCAUCCGUUAUGCCCAGAAGCAGGGGCAGACGCAUCUUCACGUCAUCGUAGGCAAGGGGAACCACAGCACCGACCACGUGCAGAAGCUCAAGCCCCGCGUGGAGCAGGUGUGCCGCGAGCUGGGGCUGCAGUACGCGACGGAGGACAAUACGGGCCGCAUCUACGUCAACCUUCAAGGCGGCGAGGCCGUAAUCCCACCGCUCCCCCAACAGCCGCCGGCCCAGCACGGCGAGCACGGGUACGGUGGCGGACAGCCGCAGCAUCACCAGGGGGGCCGGCCGCAGCACCACCCCCAGCAGCAGCAGCAGCAGCAGGAACAGGAACAGCCCGACGAGUUGGAGCGGCUGCUGUCGAAGUUUGUGCGCAAGCUGGGAGAUUGUUGUGUUGUUAUGUGAGGGGUUUAGCAAGUCAAGUUUUGCCGGGAGUUAAGGACCUAGAAUCAGGAAUAGCGCUUCGGGUGGUAUAUUCCAGGCAGGCAAUUCAGGCACAUACCUUAAUGUGAAAAGAGGGAGAAUGAUGCGGGUUUUUGUAGGGGGGGGGUUAUUUCAAGGAUAUUAACGAGCUUCAUGAGGGUUCUCUAGGCCUGGUUUAUGAUUCUAUGAAUUGCUUCGGUUGCUAUAACUAUUAGUAGAUUAUUGAUAUGUUAUGGAUAAGAUUUCGACGACGAUUUUGUUUAAGAUUUCUCGAGUACUCGUCAUAUAUUAUAGAUAUGACUUGCUUUUAAUUGAUCGGUGUAUGACAAACUCAUCUUUAUUUAAAUCAGG